AUGUGGCAAAAUCACCAUCGAAGAGCACCAUUCGGCCACAAGGGCCUACCGCGUGGAGGCAGGUUCCGCGGAGAUCGCACGCGGUGGUCAUCGACUAUUGUCCCUUCACCCGCUCCUCCCCUCGGACUUUUGGUUGAGAUCAUUUCGACACAUGACAGGGUAAUAGACAGCGCCAAAGGUGACAAACCAGGUCGUUUUGAAAUUGUUUCUGCCGAACUUGUUGCAUCUUACAACUGGCUCGAUGAGAAGAAACCAACAAUUGUAGUCCCAGGCAAACCACCCCUGUGGACUCCUCCAGAGCCCUACCAGCUCCAAGAAGACAAGGGCAUCUACUAUCGAGAUCGCAAUGCAGCAUGUUAUCCCGACCACCCUCUGGAGCCCGCAGUCGUCUCCGUGAUGAAAAUGCAGAACAUGCCCCGCCGUGUGGACGUGUUUGCCUGCGGAAGCACGCUGGGUAAUUUGCUCCGUUUUGUGCGAGGCGAUGACAAGCCGUUUCGAAUGCUUGUUGAAGCUGUUGGUAAAACAGUCCAUCUGAUCCGCAGAGAGAAUUCGCCCAGGGAAAGGAUACCAGAUGUAAGAGGUUAUGGCCACACGUUCCCCGAAGCGUACACUACCUGGGAGCCAGAUGUACGCAGAUCUCUUUCGCAUCAGCGCAUUGUCAAAUAUAAAUUUGGCGGGCUGGACGUGAUGGUACGGUUCGAGGGCGACGGGUACAUCAAACCGAACGAACCAUCCACCCCGAGGGCGAGGGUUGGUUUCGGAAAUGUCGACCUGUUCACUCAGUUUGAAGGACUGUCUGCGGGUCAAGCAAGCGCAGCAGACGACUCGGAAAAGUUCAUCAAUGCCCUCGAAGUGAGAGACGCCGGCUCAAAAACACCGCAGGAGACCAUUUUCGACUUGAAGACACGCUCGAUCAAGCGACGGGAUGAAGACACACUUGGAGAGCAAUUGCCUCGCCUUUGGGUCUCUCAAACCCCAAACCUCAUUCUGGCGUACCACGAACGAGGUAUCUUUCGCGAGGUGCAGAUAAAGAAUGUGACAGAAGAAGUUCAAGACUGGCAAGAGCAGAACCAGUCGUCAUUGGGUCGUUUCUUCUCCCUUUUAAGGCACAUUAUUGACACUGCCCUCUCCUAUCGGAAUGAAGGGCUCGAAAUUGUCCGGCUGACUGGAGGCAAUCUAGAAAUUCGAAAGCAAGCCUCUGAUGCAGGGGAUAUGCUCUCGGAUGCAGUCAGACAGAAAUGGGUGGAUUGGCUGGAAGACGGCGUAAAACGCGAACGGCGAGCCACGGCCGGAACGUCCUAUGCUUCUCCAUCAGGGGAAGUCAGUGUCAAGUUGGAUAAGAGUGAGAAGGGAGACUAUACAUCGUGA